AUGUUGGGCAUGUAUGUGCCCGACAGGUUUGCGCUCAAGUCUUCCCAAGUUCAGGACGGGAUGGGGCUUUACACAGCCCGAAGAGUGAGAAAGGGUGAAAAGUUUGGUCCAUUUGCUGGAGAGAAGAAAAUGCUUCAGGAUUUGGAUGAAAGUAUGGACUUCAGAUUGAUGUGGGAGGUGCGUGGAAGUAAGGGCCAAGUCCUCUAUGUUUUGGAUGCCAGCAACCCACGCUUCUCUAACUGGUUGCGCUUUGUUCAUGAGGCACCCACCCCAGAGCAGAAGAACCUGGCUGCCAUUCAGGAAGGAGAAAACAUCUUCUACUUGGCGGUGGAAGAUAUUGAGACAGACACGGAGCUUUUGAUUGGCUAUCUGGACAGUGACAUGGAAGAGGAUGAGGAUGAAGAGGAAGAGGUGGAGGUGGAGGAGACAGCUAUGAAUAAAGAGACUCAUGGGAAACUUAACAGAAAAACACCAGCAGCUCAUGGGAAAGAUUCUCCAAGCUGUAAAAAGGACCACACCUGUCCACACUGUGAAUCAAGCUUUGCCAGCCAGGAGAUCUUGGCUGAACACCUGCAGAUGCUUCAUCAAAAGCCAAGUGAGGAGAAGGAAUUCAAAUGCAAGAACUGUGGGAAGAAAUUCCCGGUGAAGCAGGCUUUACAGAGACAUUUGGAGCAACAUAGAGAGGCAUGCCGAGGGGACCCCCAAUUUAUCUGCAAGGCUGAGGGCUGUGGAAAGAGAUUCAGAAGUAAAGAUGCGCUGAAAAAACACAAGGAAAACAUUCAUGUUGGAAACUCCAGGAAGAGGCUCAUGUGUACAGUGUGCAGUAAGAAGUGCUCUUCGUCAUCAACUCUUCAGGAACACCGGAAGGUCCAUGAGAUCUUUGAAUGUCAGGAAUGCAACAAAAAAUUUAUUACCCCCAAUCAGCUAAAGCGUCACAUGAUUACCCAUUCAGAAAAACGUCCCUACAACUGUGAGGUUUGUAAUAAGUCCUUCAAACGAAUUGAUCAGGUGGCUGCACACAAAAUCAUACACAGCGAAGAUAAACCUUACAAAUGCAAGCUUUGUGGCAAGGGAUUUGCCCACAGAAAUGUUUACAAGAACCACAAAAAGACCCACUCUGAGGAGAGGCCCUUCCAGUGUGAGGAAUGCAAAGCUUUGUUCCGGACCCCCUUCUCUUUGCAGAGACACCUGCUAAUACAUAACAGUGAACGAACUUUCAAGUGUGAUCAGUGUGAUGCUACCUUUAAAAGGAAAGAUACCUUAAAUGUUCACAUCCAGGUGGUCCAUGAUGGACACAAAAAAUACAAAUGUGAUCUGUGUGACAAGGCGUUUGUAACACCUUCUGUGCUUAAAAGUCACAAAAAAACACACACAGGAGAAAAGGAGAAGAUAUGUCCGUAUUGUGGACAGAAAUUUGCAAGCAACGGGACACUGCGAGUACACAUUCGAAGCCAUACAGGUGAGCGGCCAUACCAGUGCCAUUACUGUGAUAAAGCUUUUAGCAAAAAUGAUGGACUGAAGAUGCAUAUCCGGACCCACACUAGGGAGAAGCCCUACCAAUGCUCUCAAUGUAACAAAGCCUUCAGUCAGAAACGAGGCCUGGAUGAGCACAUGAGGACACACACCGGUGAAAAGCCAUUCCAGUGCGAUGUUUGCGACUUGUCCUUCAGCCUGAAGAAAAUGUUGAUCCGCCAUAAGCUGACCCACAACCCCAAUCGUCCUAUGGCUGAAUGCCCCUUCUGCCAUAAGAAGUUCACACGGAAUGACUACCUCAAAGUACAUAUGGAGAAUGUCCAUGGAGAGGCUGAUAGCUGA